AUGGCGGCUUAUUUCGAAGAGACUACUGGUAUUGCGAACAUGGUAUUACUAGAAAACUGUGACGAAAAGAAAUUAAUCGAGAACCUAAAGAAGCGACUACGUAAAAACAUAAUAUACACCUGCAUCGGGGAAGUUCUGAUAAGUGUUAAUCCGUACAAGUCUCUGUCAAUAUACAGUGACAAAUUAAUGCUAAAAUACUAUAACAAAAACUGUAUUGAAGAAAUGCCACAUAUAUUUGCAACAUCAGCGAAAGUCUUCAAGUCUUUAAAAGAAUAUCGGCGAGAACAAUGCAUUUUAAUAUCGGGUGAAUCUGGAUCGGGGAAAACAGAAGCAUCUAAAAAAGUUCUGGAAUUUAUUGCAAAAGCAACACACGGUGACCAUAUUAUUCAGUUGAUAAAAGAUAAACUUCUUGUAGCAAAUUUAGUUUUGGAGGCAUUUGGUAAUGCCAAAACUUGUAAUAACGAUAAUUCUAGUCGGUUCGGAAAAUAUAUGGAUGUGGAAUUCAACCCCAUGGGGCAGCCAAUAGGUGGUAAUAUUCUAAACUAUUUGCUUGAAAAGUCUCGAGUGGUAAAACAGGCUGAACAUGAAAGAAACUAUCAUAUAUUCUAUCAGCUGAUAAACGGAGCUGACGAAUGGCUAGCCGAACUCUUAAAGAUUGACAAGGACGUUGAUUAUUUGUACGUGAGAACGGACAAGAGUGAAAAUGACGGUUUCGAAGAUGAAACUAUUAACGAAGAUUCCAAAAAAUAUAAAGAAACUUUACAUGCUCUCCAAAUCCUAGAAUUUAACUUGGAAGAACAAAUGGAUAUACUGAAAAUUGUCGCUAGUAUCUUGCACCUGGGUAAUGUUAAAGUUCAUGAACGUGACCAAAUGAGCAAUAUUGAAAGUAUCAGCACAAUUCGUAUAGUAGCCGAACUGCUAGGAGUUCCAAAAAAGGAUUUGAUAUUCGCAUUGACAAAUAAAACAAUAAGAGCUCACGGAGAAGUAAUUCAGUCACGUUUGGACGUGGAAAUGUCGAUUUGUGCCAAAGACGCAUUAGCCAAAGCCAUUUACAGUAGACUAUUUGAAUGGUUGGUAACGCAUAUAAACAAAACGCUCAAAACAACUGUUCGUAAAACCGAUGGUCGCACAAGCAAAAACAAAUCAAUCGGAAUAUUGGAUAUUUAUGGUUUUGAAAUUUUACAAAAUAAUGGAUUUGAACAGUUUUGUAUUAAUUAUUGUAACGAAAAGUUGCAAAAGUUAUUCCUUGACUUAACACUCAAGUCGGAACAACAAGAAUAUUUGAGCGAGGGCAUCGAGUGGACUGUUGUUGAUUACUUUGACAACGGAAUUAUAUGUGACAUGAUCGAGGAAAGACACAAAGGGAUCAUUUCAUGUCUUGAUGACGAGUCUCUUAAACAAACUGAUGUAUGUAAUAAUUUGAUUUUACUAAACGAGUUGGCGAGACGUUUCAAAGAACAUGAGCACUUUUCAUGUUAUCAAACAGCAAACGAUCCACAAUUUAAGAGGACGAUAGUUUUACCUACGGAAUUCGUGAUCAAACAUUUUGCUGGUGCCGUGACGUACGAUGCUUCUAGUUUUUUAGAGAAAAACAACGACUCGCUAUUUGGAAAUCUGAGCCAAAUAAUGUCCAGCUCAACCAACGAGAUCAUAAAGACUAUUUUUUCAGAUUGCCAGACGCCCAACAAAAAGAUACCAGAGACCACAAUAAAGCAAUUUAAAAAAAGUUUGAAUCGACUUAUAAACACAUUAUCGUCAAAAGAGCCAUCGUACAUAAGAUGUAUCAAGCCAAACAACUACAAAGAAUCUGACAAUUUUGACGAAGAAGUGAUCAGCCAACAAGUGAAGUAUAUGGGUUUAGUCGAGAUACUACGUAUCAGGAAAGCCGGUUUCGCAUACCGUGGUCAAUUCGAAGUAUUUUUAAAUAGAUAUAAGUGUUUGUGCCCGGACACUUGGCCUGAUUGGACUCGACGGUUCGGCGGGGUGGCUGUCGAUGCAGUAAAACGACUGAUUGAACAUCUGCAGUAUACGAGCGAGGAUUAUAAAAUCGGAAAGACUAAAGUCAUGAUAAAACAUCCGCAUACGGUGUUUGAAAUCGAAAAACGAUACCAGACGUCCAAGCACCUGUUGGCGACGAUUAUCCAAUCGAUGUGGCGUGGAUACGUGGCCCACAAACGAUACACACGCAUCAGGACACUGUUAAUAUACUGUCAGAGGUUGGCAAGGCAGCGUUUGCGGUACAGGCGAUCGAUGAAACUCAGAGAAUUCGAACUCGUCACUAAAAAGAUAGUUUUCGUGCAGAAAAACAUCAGGAGGCUGUUGGCCGUGCGCGCUUACAACAGGACUCACCACGCCGGGAUAACGAUUAUAAACUUCGUCAGGGGGUUCUUGACGAGAAACGAUCCACCAAAUGCGUACAACCGUCGGUUUAUUGUGUACAAGCAGAUAAAAUAUCUGACCGAGCUGUCCGAGGCGUUGCCAAAAAGUCUGAUGGACGACCGAUGGCCCAAGCCACCGACUUGCUGUGAAGAAGUAUCUGCGUACCUAAAGGUCCUGCACCGUGGUUGGCUAUCGAGGACAUAUCGAGCGAAUUUGGAUAAAAGUCCAGGGUUGUAUGAGCGUUUGAAAUUAAAGCUCACUGCAUCUGAAAUAUUCAAAGGGAAAAAGUCAAUGUAUCCAGAAAGCUUACAACUCGAUUUCAAUUCCGAUCGUGCAGGGAUUAUUCAAAAACUGAUAAAUACCAACUUGAAUGACGCAAAUCUCAAAACUAUUUAUUUUUACGCGACUGAAGUAACAAAGUUUGAUCGCCGGGGGUACCGAAAAAGAGAUAGGAUCUUAAUACUAACUACAGAAAAUAUUUUAAUCAUCAAGAACUCUGAUAAAAAUCUAAUUAUCAGAGAUCAAUUGCCAUUGGAACACUUAACGAGCCUGCAGAUGACCUCGGGAAUGGACAACUUUUUAACUAUCAAAGUAUCUGAAAAACUGGAAAAAUCUAAGGGAGACGUUUUGUUAGAAGUUCCCUACUUAGUUGAAUGUGUGACGGCUCUUUCAAAACAGGCGCCGGGGAUAGUAGAAUUCAUCAAUAUGCAAGAUAAUUCAUGCAUGAAACAUGACAUGAAAAACUCAAAAAACCCUGGAUUCAUCGAAUUUAUACCUGUUGCCAUCUCCGAGCGCAAAGGAAAAAUCCGUAAAGGAAAAAACGGGAAUUUAACGAUUACUUAUUGA